GCCGCCGCCGUCUGCGCAAGCGCAUGUUGAGGGCGGGGCGGGUUGACGUGAAGCUCCUGAGGGAGGGGUUCGGUAGUUUUAGCUUAGUCAGUCCAAGGUCUUGUUGUAGUGCCGGAAGUGUUCAUAGAUACUACACUGGGAUGACAGUCUGAUGGCGGAAGAGGCGGGCUGGCUGGCUGGCUUUCCUUCCGGGGGAAUGGAGGUCGCCCUCCCUGAGGCUGGGCGGUCAUGGCGAAUCCUGCUGCCAGUUUGAACGCGGUGAGGGAGACGAUGGAGGUUCUGUUUGAAAUAUCCCGAAUACUAAACACUGGCCUCGAUAUGGAGACGCUCUCCAUUUGCGUCAGACUGUGCGAGCAAGGGAUAAACCCCGAGGCCCUGUCGGCAGUCAUUAAAGAGCUACGCAAGGCUACAGAAGCGCUGAAGGCAGCCGAAAACAUGACAAGCUGAUUCUGCCAAAGAACUUCGGACUCCAAUUGCAUUUGAAAUGAAUGGCUGACGCUGGAUAGGAAGAUCUGUUCGUUGCAAAUUUGGACGCUGUUAAUUGUGUGUGUUGAUCUCCAUACAUUUAUUCCCCCAAAUCUUCCCUAAAGAAGACGUAUGAAGGCAUACAAGGAAUUUUCAGAAUCCUUACGGACCAGCAGUCCUUCAAGCCUCUUUUUUUAUAUUAGAUACAGGCGUUUGUAAGUGUUGUAAUUAUGUUUAUGUAUUCUGUAUAGUAUUGUUAGUGGUGUUUCAGAUCUACGAAAAUGAACUGAUACAAUGUUCUGCUUUUGAAAACAUACUGGUUUUACUUGCCGUUAUUUUGGUUGAAGGAUUAGGUUAUUAAGAACUCUUUUUUUUCCCAGCAUAAAUAAAUAAAAUCCUUAGCAUGAAACAGAAAUUUUUGUACUGUAUAAACUUGAGUAGGGGUGGAAUUCUAGCAGGGGUUCCUUUGCAUAUUAGGCCACACACCCCUGAUGUAGCCAAUUCUCCCAAGAGCUUCCAAAAAGGAGCCUUGUAAGCUCUUGGAGGAUUGGCUACAUCAGGAGUGUGUGGCCUAAUAUGCAAAGGCGCUCCUGCUAGAAUUCCGCCCCUGAAUCUGAGAUCCUGAGGUCAGCAGUGCCAUCCUACACAGAAUUGCACCCUGCUAAACCCAUCAGUGUACUUGGGGGUGGUUAACUCUGUUUAAGAUUGCAAUGGAAAAUAGGGGUGUUUCAAGGGUUUUUUGGGGGUGGGUUGUCUCAUCAGUGCUUAAACUCUACAAAAGAACUGUAGAUUUAUGAAGGAGCUGGUCCUAGCGCAAAUGAGCUGUUUUUGGGGAGAAGUUUAGAAAAGUACAAUCAUCACUGUUUAUGUACAAUAUAUAUUGGAUAUACGCAGCAGAUGUUAUUUGCCCUGAUGUUGCUUGUUCUUGUCUGAAGCUGAAAUGCUGUUUUUGCUGCUGCUCAUUUUGAGAUUGAGGAUGGGGGGGGGGGGAGUUAAAUGCUUAAUUUUGUUCAGCUGAAAUCACUGAGAGGUCGACUAGUUUUGCACCCUGUGUUACUUUCAUGUGCUCUCUCUGUUUCAUUUCACACUGUACAAACAAUACCCUUUCCAAGGGACAAUCGUGUUCCAUUAUCUAGCUUCGCUGGGGAAGAGCAAAGGAUGUUUGUGAUUUAUAAGGAGGGGUUGUGAUCCUGCGGUUUCAUUGUAGAAUGUUCAUUUAAUGACAGCGGAAAUAUUGCACAUAGAUAAGUAGCAGAAAAUGUGUGAAAUGUUCUAGUUGUGAUCAUCCAAAGAUCAGUUUUUUAUAUGUUUAGUGAUAAAAAUAUGCUUCCUUUAAGCAUUAGUUGUGCCCCUUGUCUUUUUUCUGUCCUUGUUUCUCAUGUAUUGGCUUGAUCCUUGAACAGGGGAUCCUCACCAUUCCGUUCUUGAUAUUUGUAUUUAUGCAAUGAAUAAAGAGCAAAACAGUU